AUGCUACUUAUACACUGUUGACGCGGGUAUGUUUUUCAUGUCAGCGACUCCAAUAACAUGAUAUUAAUCCCCUGGAAUACUAAUUUUAGCAGGGGACCCUUACCAAAAAUCGUGUAUUUUACACCACGGAACACAAUUUUUAACUGAGGAGCCCAUCGAAACGCAGUUUUGAGUAGCGAUUGUGCGGGUUUUCUUGUGGAAACGUGGCAACCCUGAUGUGUUCCGUGUGUUAGUUGACUGUAGAGCGUGACGCAGCAGUGACGCGGCGCGUCUGUAAUAAGGAUCAGCUCAGUCAGUAAGGCGCAGGUCAAACAAACAUACUUUAUCACAUUCACCCUACAACACUGAGACAUGGACUCGGACGAGGGCUACAACUACGAGUUUGACGAGGAAGAGGAGGAGGAGGAAGAGGAGGAGGAGUGCAGCGAGGACAGCGGGGAAGAAGAGGCCGAGGAUGAGGACCUGGGCGAGGUGGAGCUGCUGGACCCGGCCGUGGCCGGAGGAGAGCCCGAUGACUGCGUCGACACCGGCGGAGGAGGCCUGGGGCCCGGCCAGGACGAGGAGGACUACCGCUUCGAGGUGCUGACCACCGAGCAGAUCCUCCAGCACAUGGUGGAGUGCAUCAGGGAGGUCAACGAGGUCAUACAGAACCCAGCUACGAUAACUAGAAUACUCCUCAGUCACUUCAACUGGGACAAAGAGAAGCUCAUGGAGAGGUACUUUGAUGGAAAUCUGGACAAGUUGUUUACAGAGUGCCAUGUCAUAAACCCCAGUAAAAAUCCCAAAACGCGACCAAUGAGCACACGCUCCUCCAGUCAGGAUAUGCCCUGCCAGAUCUGCUAUCUCAACUUCCCAAACUCGUAUUUCACAGGUCUUGAAUGUGGACACAAGUUCUGCAUGCAGUGCUGGGGCGACUACUUAACCACCAAAAUCAUUGAGGAAGGCAUGGGACAGACCAUCUCGUGUCCUGCUCACAGCUGUGAUAUUUUGGUUGACGAUAACACUGUAAUGCGACUGAUCACAGAUUCUAAAGUGAAGUUGAAGUAUCAGCAUUUAAUCACCAAUAGUUUUGUAGAGUGUAACAGACUGUUGAGAUGGUGUCCAGCUCCCGACUGCCACCAUGUGAUCAAAGUUCAGUAUCCUGAUGCCAAACCAGUUCGCUGCAAAUGCGGGAGGCAGUUCUGUUUCAAUUGUGGAGAGAACUGGCAUGAUCCUGUAAAAUGCAAGUGGUUGAGGAAGUGGAUAAAGAAGUGUGAUGAUGACAGUGAAACAUCCAACUGGAUUGCAGCAAAUACCAAGGAAUGUCCCAAAUGUCAUGUGACCAUUGAAAAAGAUGGUGGCUGUAAUCACAUGGUGUGUAGAAACCAAAGUUGUAAAGCAGAGUUCUGCUGGGUUUGUCUCGGCCCUUGGGAACCUCACGGCUCUGCUUGGUACAACUGCAAUCGCUACAAUGAAGAUGAUGCAAAGGCUGCCAGAGAUGCUCAAGAGCAUUCCCGUGCAGCCCUGCAGCGCUACCUGUUCUACUGCAACCGCUACAUGAACCACAUGCAGAGUCUGCGCUUCGAGCACAAGCUGUAUGCGCAGGUGAAGCAGAAGAUGGAGGAGAUGCAGCAGCACAACAUGUCGUGGAUCGAGGUGCAGUUCCUGAAGAAGGCUGUGGAUGUGCUGUGCCAGUGUCGCUCCACGCUCAUGUUCACUUACGUCUUCGCCUUCUACCUCAGAAAGAACAACCAGUCCAUCAUCUUCGAGAACAAUCAGGCUGAUUUGGAGAACGCUACAGAGGUGCUCUCGGGUUAUCUAGAGCGAGAUAUCUCCCAGGAUUCUUUGCAAGAUAUCAAACAGAAAGUUCAGGAUAAGUACAGAUACUGUGAGAGCCGGCGACGAGUGCUGCUGCAGCACGUUCACGAGGGCUAUGAGAAAGACUUGUGGGAGUACAUUGAAGACUGAGCGGAACUGCUGAAUCACAA